UCUCUCUUAUUGUUAUAGCCUCGCUGUCGCUGUCGCUGCUGCUGUUGCUUCUGCUCUGCUGCUGCCUGUAGCCUAUAGCCUGUGCCUGUGCCUGUUGUCGACGCCGCCGCCGCCGCGACGCUUCUUAGCUACGUCAAGAUCCACAGAGUGGCUACUCAAAAAGAACAAAAAAGAAGUAUCUGCGAUAAUUAUUCGCUUAUGAUCUUUCAUUCUUUUCGGUGUUUCUUCUAUUUUUCUUGAAUGGAAGAUGAGUGUUAACGUACGGUGCCAUUUGUAAUCUUUAACAAAAGAUUACUGAAUUCCAAUACUUAAAAUUAAUUAAAAGCAAAAACGGAAAGGUUCCACUUUUUUUGAGUGACUGAGUGAGUGAGUAGUGUAUGGUGGGUCUUCCUCUUUUGUUUGCAUUUUGUAUCGAGAAAAGUUUUUUUUUAUAAUUUUCAAAUAAGACUGAUAACGCUAGGUCGGUUUAAAAGCGCCACACCAAGAUAGAUACGCCGGCAGUUCAAUUACUGGAACGAGACAUUAAAAGCUACCGCGCGAGAUAUUUUCAACGUAUAUUUAACGGUGAUCGUUGCAUUUUAAUUAAUUUUACUAAACAACUUAUAUAUACUCGUACCUGCCUACACAUUUUAAGACCAUGGUCAAGAAUAGGAGAUACGAAGGAGAAUCCUUGUUUGGAACGAGGCAUUUACAAUGUUUUCUAUGUUUUUGCUGCUUAUCGGUGGCCUACGCCCUGAGAGUGAAUAUGACUGUCGCCAUUGUGGCGAUGAUGGAUAAAAAUGCUACUAAUCCCAACUUCGAGGAAUUUGAAUGGGAUGAACAGAAAAAGUCGUUUAUUCUGAGUAGUUUCUUCUUCGGCUACGUUGUCACCCAGAUACCAGGUGGUCAAAUUGCUCAACGAUAUGGUGCGAAGUUUGUUCUUCUCUUUGGAAUCUUAACAUGCUCUUUGAUGGCCUGUCUGACGCCCAUUUGCGCAUCUUUAGGUGGAUGGAAGCUCGUUGCUGUGCUGCGUAUAAUUCAAGGCAUGGUGCAGGGGUGUGUUCAUCCGGCAACGCAUGCCAUGUUGGCCAAAUGGGCUCCAGUUGAAGAACGUGGGGCUCUAGGAACCUAUUGCUAUUCAGGAUCACAAUUCGGAACUGUCGUCAUGCUUGCCACAAGUGGUUACAUCGCUCAGUCUUCGGCUGGUUGGCCGGGUAUAUUCUACAUUUCGGCAGCAUGUGGAUUUGUCUGGUCAAUCUUUUGGGUUAUCUUCAGUGCCAGUACUCCGGCUGACCACAAGACUAUAUCGCCUGAUGAGAGAAAAUUCAUCGAGACCUCCCUGGGACACACAGAAACAACACAUUCAACUCAUUUGCAAACACCUUGGUUAAAAAUAGCCACAUCCUUGCCAUUCUUUUCACUUAUUGUGGUCCAUUGUACACACAUGUGGGGCUUCUGGACUCUGCUCACACAAAUUCCAUCAUACAUGAAACACAUUCUCGGAAUGGAUCUCAAAAAUAGUGCCCUACUCUCCGCCUUGCCUUACACCUUUAUGCUGCUGCUGAGUUUCUUCUUUAUAUUCCUGUCCAAGGUUGUGGCAAACAACAAGAAGAUAUCACUGUCGUUUAAUAGGAAGUUUUUCAACUCGAUUGGUCAUUGGAUUCCAAUGAUUUCGCUGAUAGCUUUGGCAUAUGUGACUAAGGAACAUUCAAUAUUGGCCGUGAUCCUAUUAACGCUCACAGUUGGUAUUAAUUCAGCGACCUAUCUCGGCUUCCAGGUGAAUCACAUAGAUCUGUCGCCCAACUUUGCUGGCACCUUAAUGGGUAUUACAAAUGGAGCAGCGAAUAUUAUGAGCUUCAUGGCGCCUCUUGUCGUUGGAUUUGUGGUUACCGAUGUGAAAAACCCAAUACAAUGGCGAAUGGUGUUCUUCAUAGCGGCAGGUUUUUACUUCUUUGGAAACUUGCUGUUUGUAAUGUUAGGCAAGACAGAUGUCCAGAGCUGGAACUCUGUCGAAGAUGAGCUAGCCAAGAGGCAUUCAAAACGGCUAAGCAUGUUCGAUGUGGAAGAUGCGGCUCACGAACUAAAAAAGCCUGAUGUGAGCUAGGAGUUGCAAGGAGUCGUGAAUAAAAAAGCGUAAAAGACUUUGUUAUUGUUGAUAGGUUAGGUCUUAGAUUUAUAUGUACGUAUAUAUAUAUAAAAAAGAAAAGUUAUAUUAGUUUUAAGAUAACCCUAUAAGAAGACCAUGAGUGAUAAUAAAUAAACUUUCACUCCAAAGAACUCAACUUUUGAGUUUUGCUAGUCUUUAAAAGAAGAAGAAAUUAAAAAGGUAAAAACUAAGCAAAUAAAGGAACAACAGGGCAAUUUAUAUUUUAUAUAUUU